UUUUUUUCCUGAUGUCUCUCGUUCCUGGACUGAUUCAUUUGGCACAGCUCUCUCCCUAGUGCUCUCCAGAGUGGUCUGUAAGGCACUGUUGUAUAAUUGUUGGCUGCUGAAACGAUCUUCUCCAUCGUGGAUGAGGCUUGAUCCCGGUGCCGCUUUGGAAAGGUGUGGACCCUAACCCUGUCCCAUCUGCACCUCCUGUACCUCCAGCCUGCUCACUACUGACCAGACUUCUCGCCCCCUGCUGGACAAAUUAGAGUAUUUUCCUUCAUUGGCUGCAAAACCCUGAACUGUUAUUUUUCACUAUUGUGGUGUUGCCCCACCAUCUCAAUGUCGUGCUGAGAGAUUGAAUGUAGUUGGAACCAAGGACAGGCUUUGGAACUGAKGCUCCAGUCAAACUCUGCACUUCAACCUCACUGCCAACUGAAGCUCUAAGCUUUCAGAACGACUUUUCAUUCAGGGACAGGACUGCGCUGGUAAGGAGUGCUACUGACAUCGAUGCCAGUCUUCUGGCAGUCCUUCCCAAAGUUUCAGAAUUAAAGAAACAUUUUGAAAGUGUUGUCUCUAUUGAUUUGGAAAUGAACAGCAGGAAGGAGAGGAUAGCCAGGCGUCUGGAGGGUAUCGAGAGUGAGGUUCCUCCUGCCCUGACGCCCAGCUGUGUCGGCCUGGUGGCCAACCGUAUCCUGGAGGAGGACCUGCCACGAUACACCCGGGCCUCAGACCCCUGUGAGCCAAUCACGGUGAAAUGUUACAGCAGAGAAGACAUUGAGAUCCCACCGAUGCAGGUGUCCUCCCCAGACAGACAGUCCAGGGGCAGACCGGGGGACCAGCCUGGACCAGCCGCCCACCCCCACACAGAGCCUGUCCUAUCCCUCUCUGGUGGCCCAGUGGACCCAGCCAGCCUCAGCUCCAAGGCUGAACGGAUUGCCCGCUACAAAGCCGAGCGCCGUCGCCAACUCUCUGAGCGUUACGGCAUCGUCCUGGAUCAGGAGAUGAACAUGGACUACACCCCCCGUUACUCGCGCUCCCGUAGAGAGUCUGACGUCUCCGACAGAGGGGCCCCAGCAGUCACCGAGCGUAGGAGAGAUAGAGAGGAGGUGGAGGAGGGAAGAGAAGGAGGGAGGGAGAGUUCUCGCAGGGCUCCCUACAGCUCCAGACUGGGCCGGGUCUUCAUGCAGGCUCACCCUGCUGAGGCUGACCAAGCUCCUGCCCCAGGCCACGGCUCUGCCCAUACCCAGGCCCCUCCGUCCACCUUGGAGAGGGCCAGCACCUUCUCGGAGAGGAUGAUGAAUCUGGAGAACUAUCGGCUGGCCCAGGAGAGGACAAUGGCAGGAGGGCCCAGAGGAGCCAGCAGUAGGCCACAGGAUACCCUCCAUACCCAACCCCAGCAGACCCUUCCCAAGGCCAGCCCUCUGGAGCAGCAUCUCAGCCCCCCUUCAUCCAGGGCCUCAUCCAGGGAGUCUUACAGCGUGGAUGCCGUCCCCAGCUCCCCCCUAACAGCCCGCCGAGUCUCCCUGCCCUACGGCAUCUCCCCCAGGGACCUGUUCAUCGAACAGCAGGCUCAGGCCGUCCUCAGCAGACAUGGCCUGGCAGCCUUGUCUCAGAGCGACUGGUCUCUCCAGACAGACUCCGAAGGUGAUGCUGUCUCUGAGUCUCUUAUCAGCUGGCCAUCCAGGUCUCAUCUGACUCCAACAGAGCUACAGAACCCAGAAGGCAAGACUGUUCCUCUUCGAUUCCCUUCACAGGAGCUAGAGAGGAUCACCGGUAGCGUUCCCAGACCACGGUCCCGUGACCCCGCCGUGGAGAGGCGUCUGUUACGAGUCAAAGACCGCUCGCACACACAGCCUAUCACCAACGAGGAAGUGGACAUCGCUCACAUCUUGCAGGAGGCGUCACAGCACGGCUCCAAGGUGCGGAGCAUGGGGGAGCAGGAGAGGGAGGCCCGGUCAAGGCAGGCAGGAGAAGGACCAGGGCCUGAGAGMAUGAUGGAGGACCUGGGUCCGGAUGAGCCUGACCUUUCCACUCUCAGCCUGGUGGAGAAGAUGGCCCUGUUCAACCAGCUGUCCACGCAGCCCUCCAAGCCUGCCGCUAAGGGGGCUGGGGCCUCCAGGGUGGACACCCGCCAGCGUAGGGCAAACUCCCGCUUCCAGACCCAGCCCAUCACCCAGGGAGAGGUGGAUCAGCCCCAGAGCCCCCAGACCACCAGAGACCACACAGCCCCAGAGCCCCAGCCCCAGAGCACCACAGCCCCAGAGCCCCAGCUUCCUCACGCUCAGCUGCGGGCACCCAGCGGUAGCCACGAAAGGAGGAUGGGAAAGGAGAUGGAGAUCCAGGCUCAGAUGUCCAUAGAGGAGAGGAAGCAGAUCUCUACAAGGGAGGAGGCCUGGGAGUCUAAAGGUCUGACAGUCUCUUCCUCAGCCAUCAGCCCUAUCCUGUCUCCRGUCUCCACCAAACUCAAGAGCAGUGUGACUGGGUACAAACUUCAGGAGGAAAUCUUGGUUGGAGGAUUCAUGGAUUUCCUGCUUUUUCCAUCCUGA